AUGAGCAGCAAACGCUUCACCGUCAACCCCUUCGGAGAGUUGUCUCUCACCGACCAAGACCGAGCUCAGCUCCUUCAGCUCGCCGAUCAGCUGGUGCUCGCCAAAUUCGAGGAAUAUGAGGAAUACCUGAACAACGAGAAGAAGGUCGACCACAAGCGCUGGAAGAAGUUCUCAAACGCAGGCUCGACGAUAAUGCACCUGGAGCGGAAGAACUCCAACCCGGAGACCAAGCUGCCCCAAGUGCUCAUGGUGGGGCUCCUACCCGGCACUCUGCACGAGAAUAUGUUCGGUCUCAUGAGUCCGACUCUCGAGUCCAUGCGGAUCAAAACCUCAUACCUCGACGACUUCAGCGCUGCGGCUGUACUCGCGACGAUCGUGGAGCCUUCGGUGGAGGAUCCGCUCCGCUCUGCAGUGGUCAAGUGGAUGGAGAUCGAUAUCCCUGGAGCUGCUCUCGGAAUCGUGCGCAAUCGCGACUACGUGUACCUCGAGACCACGGGUCUACUCCACCUCAAGAACGGCGAGCAGGUUGGUUACCACUUGCUGCACUCCGUGAGCUUCCCACAGGUGCACGAGCUUCCGAGCCGGAUCCGCGGCAACAUGUCGUUCUGUGGCAUUUUCCACCAGGAAGGACCCGACCGAACGGAUAUUCGUGGCACGGGGAUUAUCGAUCCCAAGGGGGAUAUUAUCCGCACGAUGGCGGUCAUGGGGAUGGUGCAGGUGACCAUGGCCAGCGUCAAGUACUCGUACUGCGGUCAGAUGAAGAAACUCGCGUGGCUGCUUGAGCGACAGCACGAAUACGCGAAAGAGCAAGGCCCUCCAGUGGCGGAGAAUGUGUGCGUCACGUGCUCCAAAGAGAUCAAGAACUCGAGGCUGAGCGAAUUCCGGAAGACAAACAGCACGUGCAAGUUGUGCUUCGGGGCUCUGUGCGGCGCCUGUAAGAUCUUGAAGAAGCUGCACUUCAUAGCCUCUGAUCUGGAGCUCGUACAGCGAAAAGUGCACUUCUGCGUCAAGUGUCUAAUGGAGGCGACUCGCAUGGACACGCUGGAAGCUGCGCGCCACCAAUUCGUUUACAAGGUCCCCGUGAAGCCGAAACUCGGAAGUUUCUUUGCUGUCGAAUCAAGUUCAUUCUCCGACGAUACGAUGGGAUCAUUUUGA